GGUUGGCGCCUUACAAUAUCUCACCAUGACUCGUCCUGAUAUCUCAUACGCUGUUCAACAUGUCUCUCAAUUUAUGGGAUCACCCAGUGAUGUUCAUUUUGAAGCUGUCAAACGGAUUUUAAGUUAUCUCAAAGGCACCCUUGGAGUUGGCCUUCCUGUUCGCAGGUCUUCUGACUGUUCCUUCUUAGUCGCCUAUUCCGAUGCAGAUUGGGCUGGCUGUCCUGACACUCGUAGGUCCACAAUCGGGUAUUGUGUAUUCUUGGGACCCAACCUCAUUUCGUGGAGUGCCAAGAAGCAGCCCACCGUUUCCCGUUCUAGUGCCGAAGCCGAAUAUCGAGCUCUUGCUUAUGCCUGUGCAGAUACUUUGUGGAUUCAAGGUCUCUUAACUGAACUUCGUUGUCCGCUUACUCGUCCGGUUUUACUUAACUGUGACAACCUGUCUGCCACAUACUUAGCCGCUAAUCCUGUCUUCCAUGCUCGUACCAAACACAUUGCUAUUGAUUAUCACUUUGUCCGUGAACGGGUCGCCUCUGGCAGUCAUAAAGUUCAGUUUGUUCCUUCUCAACUUCAGCUUGCAGAUGUCUUCACAAAAGGGUUACCAGCUGACCGUUUUGAACAUCUUGUUUCCAAACUUGUCACCUAUCCGGUGUCCAGUUUGCGGGGGAAUGUCAGGCCGUUAUCUUAAUUAUGACUGCAUAUAAUUGCUUGCAGCUGUUAUGCUAUUAUUAUUAUAUUGUAGUAACUGAUAUGGCAGCUGUUAUGCUAUUAUUAUUAUAUUGUAGUAACUGAUAAGUUUACGUUUAUG